AGCGUGUGCGUGCGUGAGUGCGCUCACCUCGAGCUUUAAUAUCAGUCACCAAGAGCUCGCUGCAAAAAGUAAAAGCAGACAGAAAGCGAGGCGCGCGCUAAACCCGGGCUCCUUGCACUCUUUGCACGCGCUGCGCCAUGGAGCCCCGUAAAACUUCCCGGCGCGCGCGGUUUGCGGUAGCGGACUGCUCGGACAUGGUCGAUUAAAAACAAACGCCAGGGAAGUAUAUCAGUGAUUAUUGGUGAUUAUUUGUGAAGAUGGACCCGCUGUUUACUUACACCGACUCACCGGGAAACUGGACCGCGGAGAAUAACGGCACAGACCCGGUCGACUGGAACCAGUUCACGCAGCCCGCGUGGCGCAUCACGCUCUGGGCGCUCGCUUACAGCUUCAUCGUGCUGGUAGCGGUGGUGGGCAACGUGACGGUCAUAUGGAUCAUUGUGGCGCACAAGCGGAUGCGCACCGUCACCAACUACUUCCUGGUGAACCUGGCGUUCGCCGAGGCGUCCAUGUCCGCCUUUAACACCGUGGUGAACUUCGUGUACGCGGCGCACAACGAGUGGUACUUCGGCUUGGGCUACUGCCGCUUCCACAACUUCUUCCCCAUCGCCGCCGUGUUCGCCAGCAUCUGCUCCAUGACCGCCAUCGCCGUGGACAGAUACAUGGCCAUCAUUCACCCACUGAAGCAGCGGCUCUCGUCCACGCAGACCAAAGUGAUCAUCGGCGUGAUCUGGGUGCUCGCUUUCCUCCUCGCAUUCCCGCAGUACUACUACUCUGACGUGGACCAGGUGCCCGGCCGCAUCGUCUGUUACAUCGAUUGGCCAGAAUACACCGUCAUGGACUUCAAGAAAGUUUAUUAUGUGUGUGUGGCUGUGCUGAUCUACUUCCUGCCCCUGUUGGUGAUGGGUUGUGCUUAUCUAGUAGUGGGGCUGAACCUGUGGGCCAGCGAGAUUCCCGGAGAUUCUUCAGGUCGCUACCAGGAGCAACUCACCGCUAAACGCAAGGUGGUGAAGAUGAUGAUCGUGGUCGUGUGUACCUUCGCCGUCUGCUGGCUGCCAUACCACGUCUACUUUCUCCUUCAUCAGUUUUUCCCUUUGCUCUUCGAGAAGCCCUUCAUCCAGCAGGUCUACUUGGCCAUCAUGUGGCUCGCCAUGAGCUCCACCAUGUACAACCCCAUCAUCUACUGCUGCCUGAAUGACAGAUUCCGUGCUGGCUUCAAGCAGGCGUUCCGCUGGUGCCCAUGCAUUCAUGCUGACUCCUACGAAGGUCUGGAGCUCAAGUCCACACGCUACCUGCAGACGCAAACCAGUGUGUACAAGACGAGCCGGGCGGAGCCAACGGUCCUGGUGGUCAACAGUCCGUCGCUAGAGCUGGCGUCCAACGGCUCAUCAUCUCGUAGCAUGUCCAAGACAGUGUCCGAGACAUCCAGCUUCUACUGCGGCAAUAACCUGCCUGCUUAGAUCAGCAAAGGAAUGUGAUGAAGAACUGGUGUAAUAAUACAAAAAAACCACGGUGGAUCUUUUUACCUCGUCAUCUACGUCUGAUUUUCUGUAUAAUCAUUGUGACAGACAAUUCUGAGCGGUCAUGGUGGGUGUAGACAACUAUUCUCCAUUUUGUCCGGGAGGACAACGUGUGGAUUGUGCAGAAGAAAAAAAAACAGAAGUGUUCUUGCUUCCAGUGUUGACAGAUCCAUAAUGAAUGAAUCAUAUCAGUUUUAUUUAUCACUCACAGUGGGCACGCCUUAUAAGGACCGUGCCAAAGAAUUCAAAGUUCAUUACAGAUGAUGCCCUUCAUCUGGUCUUAUCAGCAGCUCAGAGGGUAAACCGCCUCACUACUUAGAUGGGAUGCUGAAAUCUGACCAUUGUUAAACUGCCGCUGAUGAGGUUAUGAUCAAAAAGCCUUGAGCCACCUGCCAGCUGAAUAAAUGUAAAUAAUAUCUCUGUUUAAUCGGUAUCUCUAGGUAGUAUUGGUGUAGAUGGCAAAGAAACAUGUUGAAGCUAAAUGUGUUAAACAGUUGACUUUUGGAGAGACGAUCCCCCCCCCGCCCCCCAGCCACAUAUUAUAAUCUCUGUAACAGACCACUUUAUGGAAAUGUUUUGUGUCUGUGUAAGUGCCUCAUAACUGCUUUCACAGUGUCUAUCAUCUGGUGUAAGUAGACUAUUCUCUUUAUUUUGUUCUUUUUUCUAUUCUUCUGGCCACCUUUUUAUCAAAGUUCAGCUUUGAAAUGACUGACCACAUGAGUCCCUUGAGGGACGUGACCGGAGACCUUGAUGGAAUGAGGACAGCGUCAGCGAGGCUUUGCAGACGGAUAUGGUCUGGAGUACAAGAGGCUACAGUGUAUUACCGUUUACAUUUUACUAGCAUGUAAUAUUGCGCAUUAUGUAUCGUAUACAAGGCAUACAAACAUAUACAACCUCUCCUGUCUGUGUAUACACCUGUGUGUGUGUGAAUGUGUUUCUCUUUUUUUUUUCUUUUUUUUUGGACCAGGGUUUUGGGAGUCUCGAUCUCUGGAUCAGCUCAGUUUAAAAUGCACACAAAGUACAUUUCUGUCCAAAUAAUUAAGCACAUUUCCAAACAGACUAUAUACAAUCCAUGACCAGCAGGCUAAGCACCUUGGAGAAAAAUGGCUUCUGGCACGGUACGGCAUCGUGCACUGCCAUACGAGGGAUGAAUCCCUGCCAGUCACUUCAUGCGUAGAUGAAAAAGCCCCAAAUAUAGUAUCUAAACUGCCUCUUGGCACGGACAUAAUGCAGAACAGAAAAAGGAAGAAUAUUCCUGUUCCCGGAAAUCUAAAUUAGUGAUGACGGCCAGGGUUCCACUGCCAAAAUACAAUCAUGGGUUUGUCCGGUUCAGAAACGCUGGUAGCUGUGACCCCGUGUUGCCUUGGCUUUGUUUUAAUUUUUGUAAAUUUAUCACUUCAUUGUGGGAUAAAUUGUAAUGGGAACGGUUGUUUGUUUCUAUCUGUGUACCUCUGUUGAUCGCCAUUGCCCUCCCCCUUCCAACCGCUUGCAUGUUCUCGGCUUAAGCGGUCACGCACAAAAUUAACUCUGGAGUCAGGCCCUGGAGUUUUAAUUUUAGCCUCCCAUCAACACAUGGUGCACAAAUCUGACAGAAGAGGCGGAGGAAUGGAAAGGAUUUGCUGCUGCUGUUGUGGGGUGGCAAUGACAGACAAAAACCCUCGAGGAGGACCGCUAGGUUAGGAGGAGGGGUAGCACACCUGUUGUUUGAGAUUACGGAGCGUGGUAUGUGACAGUCGUAUCAGUUUUCUAGACAGGAGGAGGACAUGGCGUUCAGGGUGUUCUGGCACUCUGAAUGGUGCGCAGGCAGAUUUUACGAGUGAUCGUAGAGGUGUGGAGAAGUUGUGCUGGAGUCCUGGGAGAUUUCUGCUUUGCUUUGCUCCAGACAUUCUGAUCCUCCUCUAAAGAUUAGUCUUGGGUUGGAGCUGGAAAAUAGUAACGAUGUGGUGGCUGCAGAAACUGAGUCACUAGCAGAGAAAUAAGAAUCUUAAGAUAUUAGGAGGAAGGUGAAGCUCCUGCUAUGGUCUUAAUCCCUAGUAAUGGGAUAGUUUUGUGGAGGUUCACAACAUACACUAUCAUGGCACCUGUUAGUGGGUGGGAUAUAUUAGACAGCCAGUGAACAUUUUGUCCUCAAAGUUGAUGUGUUAGAAGCAUGGAUAAGCGUAAGGAUUUGAGCGAGUUUGACGAAGGGCCAAAUUGUGAUGGCUAGACCACUGGAUCAGAGCGUCUCCAAAACUGCAGCUCUUGUGGGGUGUUUCCGGUCUGCAGUGGUCAGUAUCUAUCAAAGUAUUCUUUAAAUCCUGUAAGUCCUUUAAGUUCUGUAAGUAUCCCUUAAGUCCUGAAAGUUGUGAGGUGGGACCCAUGGAGGCCUCACCUUGUAACUUACAGGACAUAAUGGAUCUGCUGUUAGCAUCUUGGUGACAGAUACCACAGCACACCUUCAGGGAUCUAGCAGAGUCCAUGCCAACACAAUAUUAGACAGGUGGUCAUAAUGUUAUGCCUGAUGGUUAAAUAAUUCCAAGUCGAUUUCAGUUUAAGGGAGGUGAAUAAUCAAGGUGUUUGUGUUUUGAGUUUUUACUGCAUAUGGAUUUUUGACGUUUGAAUGUAUUUCCUCUAAAGCUGUGAGCUUGUUGGGUCUAUAGGGAGCAGUAACAGGUCUCCAUUUGGUGUUAUGGUAAUGGACUUGAUUUGUCCUUGUACUAGAGUGGACAACAUAUGGGUCUUCAUGAGUCUGUAAACAGUUUUUGUUAAGGGAUGCCUGAUCAAGUUUUGCCGUUUUCCCAUGAUUCUCUUUACAGCUUGUUGAGAUCAUAUAGACAACAGCACAACUUCUGCAGACUCUCAUCUGCCCUUGAUGUUCUGUCCUUUAAUCUUCAGAAGCCACUGUUUAUACCUGCUAUGAUGUAAGUGAUAACAGCAUCUAACUUGUUUCUGAGACUUUAAAUAGAACUUUAAAUGAUAUAACAAGUACUUCGUAGAAUAAAAUACCUUGGGGUGUUCUAUUAUAGGAAGGUAAUCAAGAUCAGACUAUUAACGUCCGUGACUGUAUCACAUCUUAGCAAAUAUGAUGUCAUAGUAUUGCAUCACCUAUUAGCUAGCUUGUGUUUAUCAGACCAUAAUAAACAUUUCCCCGUAGCUACAAUCUUGUUAAGUUAUUAACAUAACUUAAUCAUAUCUUCUCCUCAUAAUAAAAGAUAUCGACAUUUCCAUUGAAGUACAAAUGAACUUCUCAUAAUAAAACAUAUCGACGUUUCCAUUGAAGUACAAAUGAACGUAAACCCCCUUGCAGAUAUUCCAGAUUUAGGUGAGGAUGCAGCAAAGCUCCUCACUGCCUUUUCAGAAUACUGACUAGCUGUAGCAGGCUGCGUGUAGAGUCUCUUUUAGUAUCUGCUCGAUGGGACAUAAAACCCUCAUCAUGCCUCAUGUGUCUCAACACGGCAGAGCAACAACACCUGCUGAGAGAAGUGGACGUGCUGUAAAAAGCCUCUGCUGACUGAGAACUGCGUGUUGCCUGUCCAUCAUCUCACCGACAUGCCGGCGUUCGUCGUUUCAGCGAAGAAAAGUCUCCUAGGUUUCUAUCAAUUGGGAGUGUAUCCAAAAAAAAAAUGAAGCCUUCCAAAUAUGAAAAAAAAAUCCCAAAUGAGAAGCAGUCACGUGUUUUUUUGGCAAUUGACUUUGUUUGUUAAGCAAACUGCAUUAAACAACUUCCAUUAACACGUAGUAAUUUCUUUUCUGGUAUUUUUCCAUCUCCACAUUUUCAGGCCACCUGCUACAAUUGUGUCUCUCCAAAAUUAGUCAGCCUUUCCCUGCACCCUCAUGACGACCACAUUGUUCUUAGUGGUAGUGCGAAGAAAUAAUCACCAGCUUCGGGUUUAAUAUGAAACCUCUCAAACCCCUCAGGAUUCGAAUGCAAACCUGACAGACUUUUCUUGCCAUGUGGAAAUCAUUAAGAUGAAUAUGGAGGGUUGGGAUAUAUAUAUAUAUAUAUAUAUAUAUAUAUAUAUAUACGGCUGGUUUUCAGGGUCCGGUGCUAUUGAGAGAAGGAAAAAGUGCCUCUUUGUUUUUGAUAUUGUUUUGAUUAUUCAAUCAGCUGUUGAAAGUGUGAAAUCGCUGUGCUUGGAUAUCUCAGUGUGGAUGAUAUCGACUGAAAAACUGCAGAGCUGUUAAAGCAGUUAAAGCCUCCGAGAUUUUAUGCCGCUUAGUUCCACAGGAAAGCGACUAUCGAUUCCCACACACCGUUGGCUCUCGGAGAUAUCAUUGUUUCGAGACGAUCCUCUUCUGAUGAUCUGACAGCAUGUUUUUUUUUUCUUUUUUUUUUUUUGCUUUGACCUGAAUAAAAACAGCAAAGAGCCUUAAACCUAAGCUGUAGCAUGAGUAGGAUUGAAAUGGGAUUAGUCCUCUUAAUAUAAUAAUAUGGUUUCUCUUUAGCUGUUUAAUCAGGAUAUGGACUCAUUUACACUGAAGCAGGUUCUAGUGUUUUCCCUGCCUGGUCAUGUGAUAAGGAAGCGCUUGCUGCUGGGUGGCGUAUUUUGUAAAUUGGAAAUGGCCACAUUUGGAGAAAAUGGGAUUAAAAAAUGUAAAUUAGA